AUGGCGUCAAUACAAACUUCAACUGCUUCAGUUUCGCAACUAGCUGCACCAGUUGCCUCUGGAGUUAUGAUAACUGAUAGUGUUCCCAGCAGGAAACGGCACCUGCAAAAAGGGGUUUCAGUUUCUACGCACAGGACAUUAUCGCACAAAAGAUCAAGAAUAAAUUUCUCUAGCACACUAUAUUCUCGGUUGGUCAGGUCGGCUCUCGAUUCCUUAGAUAAGAGGGAUACAUCCGCAAUCGAUCAGCUUACAUCACAGAUAUUAUUACCUCCAACUAGUCCAGAUUGUCUUACAACUGAGUCACUCACUACAAUUCUAACUGUUCUUAGUCAGCAUGUUUCCAGACUAGAUAACCGGGCCGUCACUCCGCUAAUACAGGCAUUACUCAAGUAUGACUUUCUUUCACAUCUGUCGGAUACGCAAUUCAUAAAGAGUUAUUCAACGUUUCUCACCGUUUUAGUGUCUGGUAUGCCAAAGUGGUUCAGCAGUAUCUCAAAAAUUUUAAUUUCGUCAUUCACUGUGAAGUCUGAGAUCGAACUUCAGCCCAUUCAUAAAACCCUCAAGUAUGUGAUACAGAUCAGUCCUGCCUCUUUCAGUACCCUCCCGUUGAUCCUAAGACGGAAUUUCCCGAACAAAAGUGCACCAAAGGAAGAUAUAGUGCAUUACAUGGAAAACAUAUUAUAUAUUUUGACAUACUGCAAUGAUUUGAGAUACACCGUGUGGUCUCUCAUCGUUGAGAAUAUUAUCAAGUUGGACGUUGAGUUACAAAACGAAAUUGAUGACGUGGAUGAUGAAGAUUUGAAUGCAGCUUUAGAGAACGGCAGUGGAGAUGAAACGGAUUCUGAUAGCAAUAAUAAUAAUGAUGACGAGGGAAACGAAACAAAUUUCCCUGAACUUGCCAAUGAGCAUCUUCUUCCACAAUCGCCAAACUUAAGCGAUAAAGAGGAUGCUGGUUAUGACGCUGAUUAUAAUGAAGAGGAAGAAGUUGAAAGUGAGCUUUUGCAUGAGGAAGGUGAUGAUGAAGAAUAUAACCUGGAGAUAGAAGGGAUAACGGACUUAUCGUCAAAAUUGGAUGCAGUAAUGCAGUUAAUAUUCAAGUCCACAGAAAAAUCGUUUACUGAGAUUGGAUUGGAGGAAGGCAAUGGAAUAACACUAUUCAAUACCCUAAUCUCGAUCUUUAGGACAUUCAUUCUACCCACACAUUACACCAGAUGUGUGCAAUAUUUGAUGUUUCACAUGGUUCAACAGCAGUCAGAUCUUACUGAUUCUUUUCUUGUAAUGCUUCUGGACGUCGUUUUUAACUCUAACGAGAUUGCUUCGAACCGUAUUAAGGCCAUGCAAUAUGUGUGCUCAUUUAUGGCUCGUGCAAAGUCUUUAACUAGGGGUCAGUUGUUGACUGUAAUGAAAUACCUUAUGAGUUGGUGUAAUGAAUAUGUCACCGAAAGGGAGAAAGAGGUCGGUACCGGCAAAGGUGGAAUGGAAAGGUUUGCCAUGUUGUAUUGUGUUUUGCAAGGUUUAAUGUACAUUUUCUGCUUCCGCUUUAGGGAUUUGAAAAAAGAGGAUAAUGACGAGGAAUGGGAAUUAAGAUUGGAUAAAUUUUUUAAUAAGAUGAUAAUGUCUAGGUUCAAUCCUCUCAAGUUCUGCAAUGAGACAGUUGUUUUGAUAUUUGCCAGAAUAGUGCAAAAGGUGGAUAUGUGCUACUGCUUUUCAAUAAUCGAUAAGAAUAAAAGGGAAAGAUUGAAUGGUAUAAGGGAUGCGACAGCAAAUAGCGAGUCCUCGCUGAAUAGAUUUGAAAGAAAGCAAGAAUUUUUGGAUUUAGAGGCGUACUUCCCAUUUGAUCCUUUGAUGUUGAAAGAUUCGAAAAAGAUAAUACACCAGAAUUACAUUGAUUGGCAAGAUUUCGAUGACAGUGAAGAUAGUGAAUGA